AUGGCAAUGGACUAUACUACCACAUCACCGAGUCCAAUCCAUUAUCAUACUGUGGAUCCUACAAACAUGGACAUUGAGAAGUUCUUUGCCAAGCUCAAGUCACACAAUAUCCGUCCGAUUGUAUUCUUUGAUGGUAUCACUCCAGAGUACAAGUACAAGGAGAUAAUCAGCCGAUUCAAAGACAAGCUCAGAAAGACCAGAGAGUCUGCACGCACACUCAAAGUACAUGAUCAUCAGCAUGUUUCUAAAUGGGAUCGUGUCCCAGCUCUAAUGAUUAUCCAGUUCAAGAGCGCAAUGGAGAGGAUGGGCAUUGAGUGCAGGACAACGGUCGAGGAGGCCGACCAAGACAUUGUCCAAUGGUCCCUGGACAACAAAGCCUAUGGUAUCCUGUCCUCAGAUACUGAUUACUUCUUCUUUGAAUUCCUCGGUAAUAUCAUGUACUUUCCAAUGUCUGAAUGGAAAAUGGAUGGUCCUGGAAUCCAAGCCGGUGGAUACCUCGUCAGUAAUGUGGCUCAAGCACUCCGGGUGAAUGAGAUGAUACUGCCCAUUGUAGCCACGCUCAUUGGCAAUGACCACACGAAGCAAUUACAAACCAAGUAUAAUAAUGCCGAGCGUGAUAAAGAUCGUAUUCUCACUAGAUGUCGCUCAAUCAAGACCAGAGACCCAGAUCGAAAGGUCUAUAUUGAACACUAUCUUAGAGGACUAAGGUUGUCAGACAAAGAGUAUGAAGAUUUUUUGGAUGACCUAAAGAUGUGUGACGAGUCCAUCAGGUUCUACCGCGACCCAAGCCCCAUUGUCAAGUUACCAUCCAACAACAACAACAACAACAACAUACUCUCCAAAGCUGACUUCCUCAAGCUGAAGCCAUACUUUACACGCUUCUUUGGCAAUGGUGAUGGAGGUGGAUGUAGUCUGGUGAACUACAUCUACCUGACUCCGUUGAUAUCAAAGACAAGUCAGUUAUCAGUCAACAGUAUUGCGCCGGCUACUCCUGGCGGACUCACCAUCACCCACCACACAGCUAGCAUCCGUCACAGGAUGUUUGGACUGGUCGACAAGUCCUCAACAGUGACAGGCAAGAGGUACUUUGAGGUUGUACCAACUGCCAAACCAAAGGGAUAUAAUGAUAGCUGUCAUGGAGAGGGCUUCGAGCCAAUCCUUACAAGCUUUGGAGUUGAUCAAUGUUGGGAUGGUACGGUGGACAUGAGCGACCGAGUCAAAGAGUUCUGUCUAAUGUUCGGGACGACAGAGGCCAAAGCCCUCGAGUACAGUGCCGGAUACCUCCCUGGCUUCAAGACCAAACGAUCAUUCGACGACUUGAUGCUCAUACUAUUCUGUCAGUUCUUCAAUGAGAAGUCACUUGUGAUGGACAUUAAGAAUUGGAUGGUGGACACAUGGUUGUUUAGCUACUUGUUGAUUGGCUGUGGUCGUAACAACUUCGACUCAAUGGAGAAUAUUAGAUACCAGCCCAUGCAGUUGACUGAGCUGAUCUCUUAUCUCUACUCAUUGGCCUACCCAGCAAUAGAGUUGUUGAACAUCAUUGGCCAGUUUCCAAUCAAGGCACCACAUCAAGUGAUGGACAUUAUCACGUUGCACAUGCUUUGGGAUGUUGCUGAACAGGCUUGGAACAAGUCACAACAACAUCAAGAUCUGGACACCACAACCCAGCAACAACAACAUACACUCCAAAUGUUGUUCUCUCAAUCACAAUUCAGUGGAUUGAUCGAUGAAUAUAUCAUUACAGAGUUUGAUCGCCUCAAACAAGAGAUUGGCCAAGUGUGCUCCACCAUCACUGUUUGGCGGUGGCAACAACUACAACAACAACAACAACAACAACAAACAUAA